AUGGACCUCCUCCGCGACGCUGACCCACCGGGCGACUCCACUCUCUGGACCAACGAUUCCCGCGCCAACGCCACCAGCGGGGAUUGGCUCUCCUCGUCGAGCACGCUCGCCCUCCUCGGCACCUACUGCACAGUGAUCUUCGUGGGCGUGUUUGGAAAUGCAUCCCUGGUCGUGACGCUGUGCGCCCAUGGACGCCUCCGGAAUCCACUACUUGUUGCGCUCUGCGUUGCCGAUUUGAUAGUUUCAGGCGUCGCGGCGCCUCUCACUGUCGUCAGCAUGGCGUUUAAUUACAGCACAUGGAGUCUACCACCCGCGGCAUGCAAAGCCAUGUCUUUCGUAAAGUCCAUGCCCGUGGCAGCGAGUACAUUCUGCCUGUUCAUGCUGUCGCUGGAUCGCUUCGCCACUGUGAAGCACCCUCGACUGGCGCAACUACGCCAGACGAGAUUCCUGCCCACCGUCCUAGCCCUCGGAGCCUGGCUCACUGCCAAUCUCGUGAGCGUGCCCGUUCUGUUGGCCCACCGCGUUGACCAAGCGCCUCACUCGCGAACCACCUGCCGACCCGAUUACGGCGACUUUCACGUGCCAUUCCUUGCCACUCACACGAUCCUGGUCUUCGUCAUUCCGGGCUUCGGAGUGCUCCUGAACCACCUGGCAGUUCGUCGGAAGCUGUGCGCACUCUCGCUCACGGCGCGCGCGGCUCACGGCGAGCUACCGCUGCCCAUGCCCAUCCUCAGGAGGCCCACGCACAUGAUCAUCGUCACGGGCAUGGCGCCAGCCCGCGGAGGAGUCGUGGGACAGCAGGACGACAGUUCAGACGGAGGCGGAGCGGCGGAAAGCAAUCUUACAACACCAGCGGCAACAUCGAGGAAGGCGACGGGAAAGACGAUGCCGAAAACGCCCAGAGCGAUUCGUCGUGAGCAAAUGCGUCGUCGUCAGCGAAGCAAAAGAGCCAGCGGCACGAGGCACAGUUCUGAACUUCCACUGCCUCAGACGUCCACUUUGCGCUCCCGAAGACGCCUGGCGAAUCUCCUGGUCGGAGCUGCCCUGAUCUUCGUCGCUUGUUGGACACCGCACGUGGCCUGCAUCCUAGGCUCUCAGCUGGGCAACGGAAGUCUGUGCACGAAGACUCUGGCCGACUUCAGUUUGCUGCUAGGAUACACGCACUCAGCCGUGUCGCCCAUCGUGUACUGGAUACUGAACCACAACACCCUCCGACAAUCACUGUCGUGCACGCCGUGCUGGCAAAUAUCAUCGGCGCAGAAAUUCCUCCGGACGCGCUUCCGCAUCACCGCUCCGUCGCCGCAGCCCUCGUCCACAAAUGAGGCCGCCCUGGGUGCCUUCAAUCCCAGGUACAUCAAAUCCCGCCCUCAGCCCGCGCCGCGGCCGCAGGCCUCGUCGCACUGCUUCUACUGAAACGCCCAUCGUGCAUCCCGUUGUGCGGAGUGAAAUGGCCCGGUUGAGGACACCAUUUCGCACUCCCACUUCGUCGCCCCAACUCAUUAACAUCUUCAUUGACACAAUUUCUUUGUGAAUAUUGAAGCCGUUCUCCCACUCUGCUGAUGAUGGUGCAGGUGAGCGAACAAAGGUGAGAUGCUGAGAAAGUGCUCUGAAUGUACAUCUUAUCUUUUUGCAUUUGAAAGCCUUUGUAAAUAUUUUCCUUUACAAAGAACCAGAAUUGUUUCUGCAAAUUAACAUGCCUUCAGCAGCAACAAUUUUAUUACAAAGCACAUCCUAUAGAAAAAUGUUCCACGAAUAAAAUGGUUUAAUGUUGAGAAUUUUUACUUGCCCUCUAAGUUCGUUUGAAGAAGAAAAGUUUCCAAAUACAAAACAAAAUUAAUUUUCAUUCAUGGGGAAAAUUGCAAGAAUUACUCUCCCUCCUUGGCAACAGGCUGUUGUUGGGGAGAGAGCAUCAUCAUAAAUUUAGUUUUGACAUCAAUUCUCGCGUUUUCCACUUCGAAAUUGCUUUGAAUUACCUCUGACGCCAUUAUAAGAAUUUUAAUCAGUUCCUCAUUGCAGGCAGACUAGCAAGCAAAACGAUAUGAUUUAUAUGACAUUUAAAGGUGGGCUUAUUUUCCUCAUCAACAAUGUGAAUUCGAAGGGGCGGAAAAUUUGGCAGAAAAUUGCACAGUUUCAAUAACCAUUGUUACAUUUAUUGAUGUCUCCAAUCGAUUCACAUCCUUAAUCGUAGCUGAAUGGCACUGCACGUCAAUGGGACUGUAUUUGCAUGGGUAAAUUCUCCAAGAGGGCAUUAAGACAGCAAUUUCUGCUGUAGGCGAGAGGUGGGGGUGGAAAGUGCUCCGUUCGGGUGCUUUAUUUGUGACUUACGGGCGCUCCACGAGAAGCAUGGAGACAAACAAAUGGAUAAUUUUGCGGAUGAGGAAGAUUCAAUUGGAGAAUAGUGGAAGAGGAACAUUUUAAUUAAUCGCCCUGGUGAGGCAGGCAACGUCUAAUUUUAGAUUAUAGCGUGGAACUAAUUAAACUGACUAAACAUAAGGACUAUAGUGAAGUUAUUAAGUAAUACUAUCAAAUAAGUGUUAUGUUGUCAGCUGAGCAGAGAAUGGACAGAAGGAGGAACAUAUAGAAAUCUAUCAUAAUAUUUCCCGUGUGAUGUUAAUGACGAUGGUUUAAUUGAUGGUGAUGAAUUGUUAGGAGGAAAAGGAAAACAUGUCGUAUUUCAAUAAUUCGAUAUUUAGGCAUAUAAUACUUGAACUAAGCGUGUCUUCGGAUUCGUGUCUCUUAUCUGUGAUUCUGGUCAAAAUAUUUUAAGAGAUAUAAAAAAGAUAUGGUAAAAAAAAUUAUGCGAAGAAAACUAUUUUCUAUAGUGCCUGAGAUAUUUUAAAGUGAGAAGAGAAUAUUCUAACUUUUCAUGUUAAUAAUGUUAACCAUGACAAGAAAACACAACAAGUCAACAGCAACAACAUCAAGUAAGAGGGAAAACAAUGUUACUCAACUGGCUUUUAGUCACUUUAACUCCAUGAGUUUAUCUGAUUUCAGUCUCAAAGAAGGUUAGAAGAAGAAAAAAAUUGGAACAAGAACACUUGCAAAUUAACUGGAUUUCACUUUAUAAACUUAAAAAAAAUAUAUAAAUUUCAAUUAACAUUGUGAAGCUUGUGAAGCAGAAUCUCUUUUCAAUUCCUCUCGUUUUGGGCCUCUCAUAAAUCGACUAAAUACAAGUCUAUUCUAUAUAUAUAUUUGGUGAGGAGGUGAAAUUUUUCCAUUGAGCUACUCUUGAAAUCAAAGAAAAUCAAACUCAUAUUUUCGAUGUUGUCAUGUGAAGCAAAAAGUGAGAAUAAAUAUAAUAAAAUGUUCUGUAUGAAAAAGUAAUUGUUCAAUGGGCAAUAAAA